AUGUUUGGAAACUUCACCUCCUUCGCCGGCAUUCCGGCCAAGAGCAAGGUUGAUCCUAAGGACGUGCCGCCCCCUACGCCGGUUACUCUUCCUCGCUUCCAACCUUUUGCUCAGGACGACGAUGCCAUUGAUGAAUCGUCUGCACUAUCUACUCUUCUCUGUAACACUGGAAGAUCAACUGCGGCUCUCGGUCCGUCGGGUUUCUCUGCCAUUGGUCUUAAUCUGCACCUCGAUGCAAAGCCCAAAGACCUGGUACCUGAACCUUCAUUGAUCCCGGAUUUUGAUAGUUGGGACAAACUGUCGUCAGACGAAGGCCAAGAGAAGAAUCAGUCCACCCGUUACCUCCUAAGAAAUGGCAACCUGUCUCCUGGCUGCCAUGUUUACCUCGAACGCAAGAAGGAAUUGUCGAAUGUCAAUGAGGAUGCUUUUCGAACAGUCAGAAGGCUUCCAGCCCCUAAAGGAAAGACGCAGGCUCGUCUAGGGAAUGCCUAUGAGUUUUUCCGUUGCCUUGAAGCCUUUACCUCUUUUUGGGAUGACCCAACUCAGCCAUUACCGCUUCCUCCUUCCCCUGAGGCUUCUCCCGAAGUUACUUCGUCGGGUGAUGUCGUGAACUCGGGGGACGCAAAACCUGCGAGUCCCAAGCCAGAUGAGAGCGCAAACUUCUUCAGAACCAGCGCUGGAUCAUCUAUGCCACUCGAAUAUCGCAAUAACCUGAUAACAUCAUUCAUCAAACUUGUUGCUUAUGACUUUGGGUGCAACGUCUCGCCUUCUCGAACCGAGCCACGACUUCACUUCAGCUCACCCCAAGGAUCUGGUUCUCGCAAAUCUUUUUGCCCCUCUGGCUGCCUUUUCAUAUUUCAAAGUCCCACAACUCGUGAAGCCGCUCGUGCUGGUGUGGUCCACGGGCCCGUCGCCGCCGUCAGUGCCAGAGGUACAACUGAUUUCACUCAGCCUGAUCCUGAGACUGCGCAGUCACUCGACCUUGCUCGAGAGAUCGUAGCAGCUCUUAUUACAGCGCAGCAUCGCGCACGUGAAGGGAAGACUGAGAAGCGAUUUGGUGAGGGAGAAUGGUGGACGACCAAGAAGCGCUGGGGAGGCGGUCCAGGAGGGCCCAUAGGACGCGAGAUCGAAAAGGACCAAGUACAAGGCGAUAAGGACGCGAAACCUAGUGAUGAGAACGGUCUUCCUAUGCCACUUGCUAAGAAACCUCGCAAAAACAUGAGCAUCUACGACAACUAUCGCAUGAUUCGACCUCCAUCGUCGACCUGGGACAAGAAGGCUCAAUACGAAGCCAUUGGGAGGCGCAAAGGGGCUGACUAUGACAAUAUCUUUGUAGUGAGCUCGCUGUUUCACCAUAUCUCGCUCAUCCGUGUCAGAGUACCUAAUCGGUUACUUGAGGCUCUGGAAGGGGCACGGGAGCCAGAUGCAUCCAGGCGAAGUUGGGGUAAGGUUGAGGCUUGGAGGAGCCCCUGGUACGAUUUAUUCGAUACCACACAACGACUAGCAGCUAUGAAACUAGUGUGGGCGAUGAUGGCUUACCAGAUGAGAAAAGAUGAUGUGUCUGAUGGAGACGUUGCUAUGACCAAUGCCUAA